CAUGCCAGGCGCCGCCAGCUGAUUUCCAUGGCCAAGUGCCGCAGUCGCCCGCAAUCCAUACUCAACGAUGAAACGCCCACGCCGGAGGCAUCCUGUCCUGCUCCUGCUCCUGCGCCAGCUCCAGCGAAUCCCUCGCCGCAACCCCAACUCCAACCACAACAACAACAACAGAACUACUUACCUCAAACAUCUUUGCUGAAAAUCGAACCGUUCGUUCCUAGUUUUAAUCAAAGACUACGCCGGCGUCCUAUUGGUCGCUCCCAUAGCACCUUAAGCCACAACGUCAUCCCGAAGCGAUCAGUGCAGCAGCAACAUCACCAGCUGCAGCAACAGCAGCAGCAACAAAUCCAACAGCAAUCGGAGUUGCAAGUUGGCCAGCAGCAACAUCUAAAGCGCAGCUAUGCAGCAGCCGCCCAAUUGCGUCAGCAGCAGCAGCAACAGCAGAGGAAUCUUCCAAGAGGAGUGGGAAUACAGCGGCAGCGCUCCAAGUCAACCUCCUCCUCGGCGGCCUCCAAUAGUUGUCGUCCAGCGACGGCUGCCGUGACACCCAAUACUCUAGUGGGCAGUACAGGAGGAACUCUGGUGAGCGGAGCCAUCGUUACGCCGCAGCCAAAUGGCAUCUGCAGGAUUCAGAGAUUACCCAAGGAGCGCGAGGAGCUGCCCGAUCGCAUCAACUACGACAAGAGGGGACUCACUGCGAUUCCCAUCUUCGAGCAGGAGCCCAAUCUUCGAUUGCUGUCGCUGCAGCACAACCUGAUCAAUACCUUCCACAUACCCAAGGAGCUGCCACCGCCACCGCCGCCACCAGUGCCUCCUCCUCCGCCCAUUGCCACGCCGCGGGAGAGCAACAACAACAAUAAGCUGGGUGAAUACCACAAUGGCAAUGGAAUCAAGGAGGGCGGACGCUCUGGCCUGCGUGGCCAUCAUCCCGGCAGACUCACCCGUGCCAUGACCAAUGCAGGCGCCAAUUCCCAUCGCCUCUCGCCGAAAUCCGGAGGAAGUCCUGGUUCCGGCAGUCCACUGACCACCCAGGCACUGGCCAUCAAUGGAGGAACCGCCGCUGGACGCUCCAAGUUGGCCAAAAGGGGCUACAACUAUGGACAGGCACAAUUGACGCCGCCGCCGGCGCUGCGCAUGCGCUAUGGCUUGGAGAAGUCCAAGAGCUUUGUGAGCAGCAGUCUGCAGGCGAUGAAGCAUCAGCAGCAGCUCAUCCAAAGGCGCGCCUUUCUCAAGGCCACCAGAGGAGCUGCAGCGGGGAACAAUCUUCUCCAGAGUUGCGAUGAGGGAUCAUCAUCGCUGCUGCACAGCAGCAAUCUCUCACUUUGCGGCGGAUGUGGGGAGGAAGAGGAGUCAUCCGUGAGUGUCAUGACAUCCAUUUCCGCCCUGGAGCAGCUGAGCAUCAAGAACAAACAGCUUAGUUUGAGUGCCAGCUAUGGGAGCAUCUUCCAGCAGCUCGUCUUCCUGGAUCUCUAUGAUAAUCAGAUCGAAAGGAUAGCCAAUUUGGAUGGUCUACCUUCCCUUUCGGUUUUGUUGCUAGGAAAGAACAGGAUAACGGAUAUCGGUGGCCUGUCCUCGCUGAAGGAUUCCCUGAGAGUCCUGGAUCUUCAUGGCAAUAAGCUGACCAGUCUGGGCAGUCGCAUCAAUUGUUUGCAGCAGCUGAAAUCCCUGAAUCUGGCGGGGAAUCAGAUACGUCAAAUAAACCAGCAGGAUUUCAUGGGUCUCCGCUGUCUCCGGGAGUUGAACCUUAAAAGGAAUAAGCUGCGUCGGAUCAAUGGCUUCCAGCAUUUGGUGGCCCUGGAGAGGCUUUGGUUGUGCCACAAUGAACUCCAUCGGGUGGAUGACAUGGCCAGCAUAGCGAGGGCAACUCGCCUCCUGGAAGUUACCAUCGAAAAUAAUCCCGUUUCCCUCGCCGGCGAUUGUGUAUCCUUCCUGGUCUCGUACCUCCCGCUGCUGCAGUCCCUCAGCCAGAUGCCCAUCACGGAGCAGGUGCGUCGGGCGGCUCUCGCCUGGCGACAGCACAAGGAACAGGCACAGGCGGCUCCUGGUAGCUCCGAAGCCUAUCACAGCAUCCGACGGGAGGAGGUGAUUUCGAAUGCGCGGACCAACUGGGAGCUGCUGCGAUCCCAACAGACGGUGGUGGGCGGUCGUCCCAAGAGUCGACUGACCAGCGAGCUGGCCAAGAUCAACGAGUCCAACGAGGGUCCCACAGAGGCAGAGGAAGCAGGGGAAACGGAGGAAUCCGAGGAGUCUCAUCAACCCAAAGAACUAAUGGACGAACUGCAGGCUUUGAUUAAACUGCCGCCCAUAGCGAAGGGUCUUAGGAAUCCCUUGGAAGAGGAUUGCGCCUCCUCAGAGGCCUCGAGUCUAGGACCCAAUGUAGACUCCUGUUCCAGUUGCUAUAGCUCGGAUAAUGAGGAUAAUGGUGGCUCCAAAAAUAAACCGCAAACGCCGCAGAUUGAUGAGAACUGCAAUAAAGUGGAAAGGGCACCAGUGGCUAGCCAAUCUCCUGAAGAGAUCAAAGUAACUCCUCCAGCUCCCCCAUCCUCUUCUCCUUCGCCACCUGCCUUGACCUUGACGCCGCCAGCUGCUCCUGGCACCCCAGUGCCUCCGGGAGCCUCCACUACACCUCCUCCUCCAGCGUCUACAGCCACCUUGCCAGUGCCCUCCACUGCAUCUGCCACUACAAGUCGUCCAACCAGCAGCAAACAGCGUUCCCGCCAUGCGCCCAUCACCCAGUUGGGUCUGCAGAUCAACCAGCGAGGCGGAGCAGGUGCCUCCUCCAAGCGCUACAUGGCGGGCAGCCUGGUAAGGGCACAAACAGUGAGCAGCAGCACCAGCAACAGCAGCAGUUCCACCAGCAAUGGACGAGGAAAGGCCACCAGUAAUGGCUUGACUUUGGUGGCCACGCAAACAAAGACGGCUACGAACAGCUCUGCCAAUCAAUCUUCAGCAGGAGCAGGAGGAGCAGGAACUGGAGGCUCAACAGCCGGAUCCACAGCUUCAGGAGGAGCAGCAGCAGCCACUCCAGCCAAUGCAGCCAUCACGGUGUCCAAGCCAAGCGCCGCUGAACGGGAAAGAGAACAAGGUGGCGAUUAUCUGAUUGAGAUUUGCGGUAGAUACCUCAACAUCUAUGGCCAGGGAGCCCUGCGCUUCAUCGACAAGCAGUGGAAUCCCGCCAAGGCCAACGAUGUUCACACCUUAAACUUUAGCUACAUCAACUUCAACAGCAUCGUCUGUGUGCUGGGCAGGAUUAAGGUGCGUUUCCCGCACGCCGAGCACUACGUUUUCCGCGAGACCAACAUCUCCUGUUUGGGGCAACUCAAUGGAUUGGCUGAGUUGCAGGGUCUGAGCAGCCUGCUCAUCGAUGCCGAGGGCAAUGGCAUCACGCUGAAGGAAUCCUGGCGGGCGUAUGCCAUCUACAGGCUUUCCCACUGGGGAUUGAAGCAGCUGAAUGGUCAGGAGGUGACCGAGGCGGAGGUGGAGGCCGCCAAUGCCAUGUACGUGGGACUCUCCGAUCUGGUGCUGUGGUCCAUGCCGGAGGUGAUGCUGCAGCCACUGUUGGCAAGACUUCGGCUGGAUGAAACCUGCACGGCCAGCAAGCUAUCUCCCAAAGAAUGGCUCCUGCGGCCGGACAACAAAUCCCUGCGUUUGGUGGUCGGCAAGGAGGCGCUGCAGUGGAAGAAGAAUGCAGGUGCGGCAUCCUCCGCCGCCUCCAUGAAUCUCAAUCCCGCGACAGAGGCGGGCAGCACUGCCAUGGCACCCAGUGCCAGGGAUCGAGGACGCCAACACUUUGCCCUGCUCCUCGAGAACACCUGCAAUGCCGUUGAGAAGCUGCACAAACUGGAAACCCUCUGGCCGAGCAUGCUGCUCGAUAUCGUCCGGAAUACUCUGCUGGAUUACGCCCAGUUGGAUGUCUACCUGCGGAACCUCAUGUGCGAGCUGAUGAAAUGAAUCGAAGAACUUAUUAGUCAAACUGGCUUUUAGAUAGAGGCACCAUUAUAUUCCUACUAUGAUCCUAGGCAUUUAACAAUCCUGUAAAGCAGCUGCUUACAACUAGUCCAAUUUUUAUAAAUAUUUAACAUUAAACAUGAUUCAAAUGGUGUCACAGGAAAUCAGGGUUCGGAAUUUGACACACAUGUUAAAAACAUGAAAAGUAGUAUUUUACAAUGUGAGCAAAAUUGUUGACAU